AUGUUGAGAGGCAUCUGCAUAUCAGUGUGGGCGAUAAUGUUCCUGAUUCUGGCGGCUGCUUCAAAGGUAGUAGGAGCGCCUGUGGGACAACCACUAACAAAGCGCAUGUCCACCGAGAGUAUUGUUGGCAUAGCAGUCGGUGCGCCAACUGUCUUGAUAGGCACAGCAGCAUUUGUCGUGGCGCUCAUGCAUUUCCUGAGGGAAAAGGAUCAUAGGGUGGAAGGACAGGAAGAUCCAAGUAGCGUACGCGAUAGACGUCAACAGACUUCAAUUCCAGAAGCAUUUGCCGAUGGACGAUCAAGCGACAGCUCUGCGUCCAGGUUGUGUUGGAGGAAGGUACGAUCGAGCGGACGAAGGACCUCGGAUCGAACGCGUCAGGAGGAAGGUGCAUCUGCUCUUGAUUCAAACUUUGGCAGUGCUGUACUCAGCGAGUACAAUGAUGUGCAUUCUCUAGUCGCAACCGAACGGGAUGUGUGGGCUAUACCAAUCAGCGACAAUGCUCAAGUUGGAUAG